AUGAAGCACAAUAAAAAAUCUUUGAACAAGCAGCUAUUGCCGUCACUUCACCAUCAUUCAUCAACUUUUAGUGGCGUUGAAACAUUAAAUCCAAGUUCAUGUCAAUCUCCAUCCUUACUCGCCUACAGUAGCAAGCCAGAGCUAAGAAAAAAUAUUUUCUUACUUACCGCAGGAAGCUCACAAAGCAGAACUCCAGUGCCUACAGAUAUUUCUGAUUCCCAAACCUUCAGGAAAUCCUUACAAAAGUCCACCAAAUCCGAAUGCUUAUCUGAUAGAAGUUCUUCACAAAGCUUCAAUUCAGCAGUGCUAAAAACAAAAUUAGACCUUGUUUUAGCCCUCAGAAGUUUGGUUGAUGAUAGAAAGGAAAAAGAAAAAUCACGUUCAUUAAAUAGGACAAAAAUGAUUAUAAAAGCACUAGAAAUUUUGUCAAAUGAAGAUGGAAGAUAUAAGGACGAGCUAAGAAAUAUUGUGCAAGAAAUAAGAAACUCAGUAUUUAUAGCAAAAGAAGAAAUAGAAGCAGAGGUACUUGAGCAUAUCUAUGAAAAAUACCCAGAGACAUUGACAGAUUUAGAUGGAUUAAUUCCGUUUUAUUAUUUAUACCCACUGAAUUUUAAGAGAAAAGACUCUGAAGAUUAUUGCUCUAUUGAGACAGUUAAUAAAAUGAAAGAAAAUUAUGCAUCAGAGAUUAAUACACUUAAAGAAGAGGUCGCAAAAUUUACUGAGCUUUUUCAAUCAAAAGAGAAAGACAAUAAAAAAUUAUCAGAAGAAACUAGUAAAUAUAAGCAAGAGAUUCAGCAAAAAACAAAAGAGAAUUUUAUAUUACUAAAUAAAGUUUCUGUAUUAGAGCGAGAGGUCAUAAAUUUACGCACAUGUGGAGACGAAGACAAUAAAAAUAUUAUUGGACUUCAAAAAAAGCUCAAAAAUUAUGAAGAAACGCUACAAAAAUCGACUAGCGAUUAUAAUUUUUUAAAUCGCAAUUUUUAUGAAUUAAAGCAGAAAAAUGACAGCAUGACUAAUGGCUAUUCCACAAUUUUAUGUAAACUUAAACAGUCAUAUGAAGUCCAAGAAGAACUAGAAAGACAAAUUUCUGAUUUAAUGAAAACGAAUUCUAUCCUUUCUGAUAGAGCAGCUGUAGGAUACGAAGGAUUGACUCCAAGACCAAAUUUAGCACCAAUUUUCAAAUUUUUGGAAGUUGAAAUUCCAAAUGGUUCAACAGUAGAAAAAACUAAUAAGCUUUUGAAAGAAAUAAAGGCCAAAGAAUUAAAGAAAACUGUAGUUAGAAGGGGAAAUACAUUGCGUACAACAAAAAUCCACUCAUUCCAAAGAAAAAAUUCUGGCUUAGGGGAUGAAAGCAAAAGAUCUGAAGAAGCUUCUACUAUCCAGCUGCAAAUUCCUAGCAUUGGUAAUGAUUAA